AUCAAAACAAUCUUAGAAGCAUCACGAGUGACACCAGAGAGAAGCUUCUUAUAUAUCCUGGAGGACGCGACGGUUUUUGGUCAAGAUGAACUUGAAAAUUUGUGGUCCCAAGUGCUCACUAUGUUGCACCUUGCUUAGUGUAUGGGCAAUAAUUCAGCUGGGAAUAAUGGGAAUCCUUUUUUGGGUAAAGUCUCCUGCCUUUAUUGAAGACCUGAAGAUACCUGAUGAAGCUAUGCAUCCUCAUGAUCUAACCCCUGAGGAAGGCGCAUAUCAGUAUCUUCAAGCUAUGAACGAUUCAUUUGAAGUGAUAGCAAAGAACUGUGGAAUUGCAGCUGGUUUGUAUGCGGUGACAUUAAUCUUCUCUGGAUGGCAGAUGUGGUUGAAUAAAAGAAACUAAGAUACUGGAGCACCAGUAGAGGAAGAUUAAAAUGUAUCAUUGUGAGGUGCUCGUAAAAUUCUUAUAGAAGAAUCAAUGCGCCUUUUGCUAUUUGAUCAUGUGGGACCAACAUAUGGGUAUAGUCACUACUUUGUGAGAAUUUGAAUGUUAACACAUUGUUGUUGAAAUAAUGUAAACAAGAUUUAGUUGCAAAAUUAUUUGCUGAAACUGAAUUCAGUAAAAGUAAAUAUUUUGUUAGUUGUAUAUAUACAUUUUUAAUUUUGUUUAAAUUUCCAGUACCGUCUUUUAACAUUGUUUUAGUAAUGGAUUUUGAUUUAAAAAUCUAUGAUAUGUAUAUAUAUAUUAUCAAGGUAGCUUAAGCAUUUGAUCAGCAGUGUUAUAUUUAAUUCUGAAAAUGCUCUCAAGUGGCAAGCAAAAAACAAUUAUACACAGUCCUCUCUCUUAUAAAGCUCCUUCACAUAAUGUGACUUUUUGUAAGUGUGAUUGAGAAAAUACAUGUAAAAUUGAAUUGCCUGUGGAAAAACCCUUAUAGUAUGUACUAUUCAAUCUUUGAUGUACAGUCUCAAUCACAUUACAAAAAUCUUGUGAAAGAUAAUUUCUUGACGUGUAUAUAAUAUUUUCCAGAUAGUAGUAUAUAAAUUAUCUUCCUAGAAAGCCUUUAUAUAAGAUUUUGUAAAGUCAGAUUUAAAAUUACUGCUGUGCUUUUAUUUAUUUAUUUAUUUUUCUGAAAUCUAGUACAUCAGAAAUAGUUCCAUUGGGAGAAUCUAUAAGUAUCAGGACCCUAUUUUAUGUUGUAAAGAAGUUCAGAAUGACCCAUACAAGUUUACCGAUUUAUUUUGACUAGUAUGUUAUUACUAGAUUUAAAAAUGCACUUAACAUGUAUGGGGAAUAUAGCUUUUUUAAAGAUAAAAAUCAGAGCAAUAUGUAAUUAAAAUGCGUAAUGGUUCACCCCAGAGUUUACGUGUAGUAUUAUUAUUAUUGUAAUAAAGAAGUGCUAAACCUACAAGGGUCAUAAGUUAACAUGUAAAAAACAACACUGCAGCACUCAUAUAGGAUAUAUCUAUCAUUUACUUCUGAGAAUAUAUUUUCACUAAUAAUUUUUUUAUGUCAAGAAAGAUAACUAUUUGCAUACUCUGAAAAAUUAACAUAUUGGUGUCCGGUAUAAUGAAGAUAAACACUGGGAUACUGGUCUGUAGAACAAGUGUGAAAUAUUUAUCUAUAUUUGUACAGGUAUACAUAUAUUAAUAUAUAUUUUAGUAAGUACUGGUCAGGUGUGGUUUAAAUAAAUUCUACAUAAA